CUCACAUACGAAGCUAGAGUAAGUUUUCCCUGUCAGUUUGUGCUCUACAUACACCGAUACAUACACGCACUAGAUUUUUGUGUGUGUCUACCUAUCAGUGGACGAUCGACUUUGUCUCUUGUCAUCCUAGCUAGGCUGCAACGUCCACGGCCAAGUUGAAGACGUAGUCGUACCCCGGCAAGGCAAGGCAGCCCGAGGAUGGCUUGGGCGGCUUGCCGCUGGACUACCGCGUUCAGAAUCAGACGGUGCGCCGUCCUGGGGGCAGCAAGGCUGACCUCGCCUGGGUGCGCCGUCCUAGAUGCGCCGACCGCUUGGCCAUUGGCGACGUCGACCUCAUGGGCGCUUGUCAGUACGCGGAGGAGAACGACGACGCCACCCUCACCCUGUAACGCGCGCCCGCGUGGCGCCGUUGUGGUGGCCGCCGCCGUGGAGGUGGUGGUGGUGGACACGACACGUGAACAUUAUGUCGACGACGACUGCGACGGCGGCUCGACUCCCGUCGUCCACGUCUACGGCUCCGUGACCGCGAAAGCCAGAGCGACUUCGGGCGAACGCUGGGUGGAGGAGCACAGCCUGUUCCACAGGGCGAAAGGCCAGCUGGCCCGCGUGCCCAGAGACGCGCCCAUACCGCUGCAGACGACGGCGGUGCUCGUCUCCGCGCCGCUGUGCUCGGACUCGGAGCUUCAGGUCUCCGCCGAGCUGCUGGACGCCAGCGCGUCGUGGCAGAGCCCCGACCACGAAAUCGCGCGUGGCUCCGUGGUCUUCGCCCCACGCCUGGCCGGGACCGACACCGCGGAGAUCGCCGGCGCCGACGGCAAGGUCAGCACCGCUGUUGUCACCGGGCAGAAUGGUCGACUGGCCAUGGAGCCCUCUGCGAGCAGGUGAGCUUAAUUUCUAGGGGUAUGAGGUGAUUCUGGUCACCUCCGGCGCCGUCGGCGUCCGGAGGCAGAGGCUCAUGUACCGAAAGCUCAUCAACAACAGUUUCGCUGAUCUACAGAACCCACAGUUCGAUCUGGAUGGGAAGGCCUACGCUGCCGUCGUCCAGAGUGGCCUCAUGGCUAUCUACGAUACACUGCUUAGACAAGUGGGUUUGCUAACUGUUGUUCUUUCUUUUGUUGUUGUUGUUGAGAUAUGGUGUUUCUUGCUAAUCUCCAAUCAAAUGCUUGUGAGCGGAAAGGUUCUUGUUUGCUUGUUUCCCUUCCUGUUCAGGUUGUUCGUCGUCUGUGUUGUUAGCCAGCAAGUCUGUGUCAUUAGCCAGCAAGUUGGGUAAUUCUUCUGUUGCUUCACGGAUUUUCCUGCACGUUGUGUCUGUAUUACUGUCACUGAAGAUAUACCUCAACUGAAGAUCUAGCUCGCGACGAUGAUGUACCUAAGAUGGCAAGCACCAUUUUGUUGGUUCCUGUCUUGCCAAUGUCUACAGCAAUAUGUGCGUCCUCUGUCUCAUCUGUGUCACUACUGUGGGGCGACUCAUAAUGGGCCUAUCAAGCAUACUGACCUUGUGAUGAUAGAUAAAGAGGUUGAUUUCUGUGUCAUUCAGAUAAAUAUAAAUUUAUCCCAAUGAACUGAAAAGUGAGUGCUUUUUUGGUUGUUUCUGUUGUUGGUCCAGAAGAUUCCUGGUGCUUCUUGGUGUUUUUACUACAUGUGCAGUAGUAUACUAUGCUAACCCACAUAAAUGACUGAAGUCCUGCGCUAAUCCUUCUUGGCACUUCUAACUAAAUGCUUUAGUCCUGCGCUUCAUAGAAGCAGUUUUACCUAAAUGUAAUGAACUAAUUAAGCACCUUCUUUUAUUGUUG